UGAGAAGGAAAUGGUAUUUUGUGUAGUUAGUUGGAAAGGGAAGAAGGAAAAAAACGAGAAAGAAAAUAGAGAUAUUUUGGUUUGGCGGACACACUAAACCACUCACACGAAUCACAAAGUUGUAGAAACAAACAAAGACUGUGUGUGAUGGAAGAGGAAGGAAUAGGGUUAGUGUUGGCCAGAGCCACUGAACUCAGACUCAAAAUCACCACUCAUUGCAUCCACAAAUCUCCUUCCAAUGAAGACCAAUAUCAAGAUGAAGACUACCACGAUACUCUUCUCAACAUUUCCGAUGCCCUCCAAACCUUGGAGACUCAGCUUUCUUCCUUACAGGUUCUUCAACAACAACAACGUUACGAAAGAGAAAUUGCCUUGGCUGAGAUUGAAAACAGUCGUAAAAUGUUAAUCACUAAGCUCAAGGAGUAUAAAGGUAGAGAUUUGGAAGUUAUACAUGAAGCUUCCACUUUUGCUAGUGAAACAGUGGAAUCAAACAAUGAUUUACUACUUCCUCCUUAUCAGACACGCCCUCCAUAUUCCAUGUCUCUUGACAAGGAAUAUCUCUCACAGAUUCCUUCUGUCAAUAAGUCUGCUCGUAAUGGGUUAAUCACGCUCGACACAGUGAUUGAGGCUAACAAGAGUCAAAGUGAAAUAAACCAAAACCAUGUUGAAGGUGAGGGUAAAACUUCCAGAAAAGGGUUAGGGUAUUUUAUAACUUGUGCAGCAAAAACAAUUCUCACAGUUGUUGGUGCGGUAUCGAUAUUGAGUUUGUCUGGAUUUGGGACUCGUUUAAGUGGACAAGGCAGGCAUGGCAGACUAGGAAAUGAGAACCAGAGAUCUUCUAGGACUGAAAAUAAGGGUGAGAGACAGUGUCCACCUGGGAGAUUUCUGGUGCUGGAAAAUGGGGAGGCUCGGUGUCUUGUGAAAGAGAGAGUUGAAAUUCCAUUUUCAGCUGUUGCUGCAAUACCUGAUAUAAAUUAUGGAUGUGGAUUUAAGUCACCAUUGGUGAAAUAUUUAAUGCAAAAUGUUGAGGCAACAAUUUCUGAUGAACAUAAAUUUUGGUGGGAGAAAUCAAGAUGCACCAAUAAGAAGAGGAUGGCUAUAUUAAAGUUUUUGAUAAAUAGUCCUAAGGAAAUUGUCUUUUUAGAUGUAUAUGGCAUAUGUAAGAUAGCUAACAAAAUUUUCAACAUUAUGGAGAAAGUUGUUGGGAAGGCCGAGGAAGAAAGAGUUGGCCAAAACAUUUCCAGAAAAGCUUUACCAAAACAAACUUGUAACAUCAUCCAUAUUUUCUCAUUGCCAUCAAAUCACAUACAUACCUUAAUUAUUAAGCUGUUAAUUAACACACACACACUUGAGAAUAUGGACACCUUGGAGAAAAAAGGUUUCACAGAAGAGCAAGAAGCUCUGGUAGUUAAGUCAUGGACAGCAAUGAAGAAGAAUACUGCAGAGCUUAGUCUCAAAUUUUUCUUGAAAAUAUUUGAAAUUGCUCCAUCAGCUCAGAAACUGUUCUCAUUCUUGAAAGAUUCAAAAGUUCCUUUGGACCAAAAUCCCAAGCUCAAGCCACAUGCCAUGUCUGUCUUUCUCAUGACAUGUGAAUCAGCAAUCCAACUGCGGAAGGCUGGUAAAGUAACUGUGAGAGAAUCAAACUUGAAAAAACUUGGUGCUACCCAUUUUAAAAACGGUGUAGUAGACGAGCAUUUUGAGGUAACAAAGUUUGCACUUUUGGAGACAAUAAAAGAAGCAGUACCUGAAAUGUGGUCACCAGCAAUGAAGAAUGCAUGGGGAGAAGCUUAUGAUCAGCUGGUUGAUGCAAUCAAAACUGAAAUGAAAGCUUCCUCUUAAACUCUCUUUCAACUUUAUAUAGUUCCUUUCUUCCCAAAUUGAAUAAGAUUGACAUAAAGUAUGAUUUUUGGGUCUGUAUUUUUUAAUUGUCUGAAUGUAAUAUAAUAAUAUAUGUAUUUCUUGUUAUGAAUAUUAACAAUACUUGUAAUCAUAUAAAGAUCAUUAAAAUGAGUUGACUCAAGAAGGCAAUUUUACUAUGAUGAGGAACAGUACAAAAUGAAGUCUAUUGACAAAGAUUUUUCCUUUGGCACCUAUUCUAAUGAGAAUAUCAAAGAGAAAGAUUUGAAAGAAUAGGGUGUGUUUUGGAAUUUCUAGUUUGUGAAACAGAAAGUGUUGAGUUGGAAGUAGUUUUUGCAAGAGCUGUGUUAGCCUUGAUAGCUAGAGCGCAAAGAUCUUGUAGAGAAAGAGAGACACGUGAUUUGGAGAGUGGGAGAAGGAAGUAUAUAUGAUCAAAUUGAAGCUCUUGAGUUGGAAUCACUGGAAGCAUUGGUGAAUCUACAAACAUGGAUUCUGAUGAACAGAGGAAGUGGUUUGGAUUUUGAGACAGAAUAUGCCAUGCUUUUAUUGGCUCUUUCAACUGUUCUAAUUUUUCAUUUGAGUGAACUAUGUUUAUAACUCUUGAUUUGUUUCCAACUUUCUCUGCAUUUAAAUUUGAUGUACAACUACCCAUAUGUUCAAUGUUAAUGUUUCUGUGUUUUGGGAUGGAAGAGAUUGAAAUUAGUUAAUUUGGGUGA